AUGCCGUCGUUCCAAGGCUGGAUAGAUCUGCCGCCGGAGCUCCUCUGUCGCGUCGCCGAUGGCCUCGACGACCUCAGGUUCUACACCAGCGUGCGCGGCACCUGCACGGCGUGGCGUGGCGCGCUCGCGCCGCCUGCACCAUCGCUGCUCGUCCUCCUCCGCGACGACGCCACCAGACGUCGGCACGCCGCCAUCGUCUCGCUCCCCGCGCACCGCUCCUUCGGCCUCCAGGCAAUCCCCUCAGGCUCGAGCUACCUCGGUUGCGGAGGCGGGUGGCUUGCCCUCUCCGUCUGCCUCUACGACGGCCAAAGCCUGCUCACCCUCUUCCACCCAGUCACCGCCGUCGAGAUCCUCCUACCGCCGCUCAUCUACGACACCCGCUUGCUCUCCAAGAUCGUUUUCGCGCCUGACCCCGCUAGGGAAGACUUCAUCGCGGCCACCAUCUGCGACAUCGACAGGCUCGCCUACGUCACCGCGGGGGCUAGGAGGUGGGCCGUCCUUGACCGCGUCCGUCUUGCCACCGGAGACCAGCUCGUCGAUGUCAUCUACCAUCAAAUUGGUCAAAAUGGUAUGGUUUACUGCCUCACUCGAUUUGGGAAUGUUUAUGUGCUCCGCCUACCAGAACGUCGCCGCCGAGAACCCGUCAUCAUCGAGGACCAGACAUCAGCAGAGGAUCUUGUAACGCAUAACAGGCGCAUCAUUCAAAUGCACAAUGCCGGAUCGGACCUGAAUGCGCCGGCUAGCGUGCAACCACUACUCUUUUCUUCGGUGAGCAGUUUCACCCCACUGUACGUAGCUGUUUCGGAUUUCACGAGUGCCAAGAACCUGGUGUUCUGCAAUGGCAACCUAUACCAGAUCCGGAGGAAUGCUAGUUGUACCGUCACUUUGCAUCUGGCGGGAGGCAGUCAUCGCCGUAUAGAGGAGGAUGAAAUAUUUGUUCUCAAGUAUAAUCCCCGACGCAGGCCUUGCUGGGACGCGGUGGCUGACUUGGGGGGAUACUCAGUGUUUGUUGGGAGGAGCAAUGCGGUGUCAAUGCAUGCUGAAGGUGUUCCAGGGCUCAAGGGUAACUGUGUCUACUGGAUAGGUGGGAGAGGUAGGGAUCAAGGCAUGGUCUUUGACAUGGGGACCGGGAAAUCUACACCUUGCCUUCCCCCUACGGCUGGUGUCGUUCCAGGGCCUCUACAGUGUACAAUCUGCUGGUACUUUCCGAGGAAGGUAGUGAAUAACUGCAAUACAAAUGAAUUAGGUGUUUAUGGGACCCGAGCAAGGGUUCGGGCUCAACGUGCACAAGACAUGUCACAAUGAUGUGUCGCCAAGAUAGCUUGGUGACAUAGUGAGCACCACCAGCCUGGAAGUGAUGUUUAUCAUGCAUGACAAGAAAUCUUGCAGAGUGUAAUUGCUUGUUGUGUCCAAGCCUGGUGAUAAGUGAGGAGGACAAAGACAAACCACUUUUCAACCCAAUAGAACUGAUGGAAGGAUUACAUUUGCAGCCAAUGGUACAAACAAUUUUUGAAGCUUCAUUAGCAGCCAAUGAAAGGGAAAAGGAUGGUGAGAAGUUUGAGAAGAACAAAAGAUUUGUGUGUAUUUGUGUCUGAGAUGAUCAAUGUCUUGAGAAGAAUAC